UGCAUUCAAUUCAUGCUUACAGGCGCGUAUUUCCAGCUCAGUGGGAUAACCCAGGGAACUCCGGCCCGCGAAGCUUGAUGCUUUAACUCUCUUCUACUAUGCGUUUCUGCCAACAAGUGAUCGGACACAUCACUCACAUGUAUGUGGUGAAAUUUACAUGAGAAGAGCUCUAGAGCAAGAGGCCAGGGAUGCCAUUAGAGACAUACAGCGCAAUUAAUGCCAAGCUAUUUGUUAAACGCACAUACACAAACAUACUACUGGAGUUCUAUUGCAGCACCUUACCACUUCUGAAGAAGUAUGUACUUGUGUUCCAAAAGAAGGAAACACAAAUACAUAAGCUACAUGAUGAGGUUGUUGACCUAACAAAGUCAUUCUUGGCAUGCUACUUGAAACCAGAAGCACUCAUGAGUGACAGCCAGCUGAAAAAAGUAGAUGUUGCCAGUGAAGCAAAUUUUCUCAAUCUGCAGGACAUGUUCAUUGGUACAAAGGCAGAAACAAUACUUUCAAAACAUGUGAAGAAAGAGGAUAGGAAAGACUUUCUCACUCAAGCCCAGAAAGCCUACAUCGCAAUGGCGAAAUGCUUGCAACAGAAACUGCCUUUAACAAACAAGGUUUUGAUGCGUGUCAGCGCUGGACCCCCUUGUCAGAGGUCAUACCCAAGCACGAUACAUGAAAGUACUGCCAAGGCACUUGCCCACAGUCUUGGGAGAGGAUGAACAGGUGGGUGUUUCAUAAAGCUGUUUGUAAGUUAAGAGCGACUUUAAGAACGACUGGUGAUCCCUUCUUGCGGUAA